AUGGGCUUGCCGGAAACGCAAGAGGAGGUUCAGACAAUUGAUGCAGACCACAUGCAGAUGGCAAGGUGCAGCAAUAAGAAAGACCACCAGUAUACAAGGAUCUACAGUGUCAUCGAAAGUUUUAUCACUGAGGGCCUUCAAAGGAGUGUUCCUCGAAGUAUUCGCCAAGGCAUCAUUAGUAAAUCCCUUUAUCAUAUUCCGCAUCUUAGAAAUGAACAUUUUGGUGGUCGAGACCAAAUUCUAGAAGAAAUCGAAAACCACUUUUUCGUCAAAAAACGCAAGAAAUUGGCAGUUCUUGGUCUGGGGGGUGUCGGGAAAACACAAGUGGCCCUAGAGUUUGCGUACCGGGUACGAGACCACAGGCCUGAGUAUUCAGUCUUCUGGGUGCUAGCACAGAGCCAAGCAACUUUCGAGCAAUCGUAUGCGGGCUUGGCCAAGCUGCUUCAGAUUUCCGGUGAAGAGGACCAGAAAAUGCUGGUAAAGAAACAUCUCAGCUCCGAGAAUGCUGGGAAGUGGCUUCUGAUCGUUGAUAAUGCGGACGAUCACGAAGCAACAUUUCAAUCGAACGAUUCAACUGGUAUGAUCAAACACCUACCUCAAAAUGAUUAUGGCUUAACCCUCUUUACCACACGGUUGAGAGAAGUAGCCGUGGACGUAGCGAUAAACAAUGUGGUCGACCUCGGAGAAAUGAACCCCGAAGAGGCAAAAAGCCUCUUCAGAUCAUAUAAGAAAGCAGAUCAGCCGGAUCAAGACCAAAACGAAACGACAAUUGACGAACUGGUUAAGGAACUUACGUAUCUCCCCCUUGCCAUCGUACAGGCCGCUUCAUAUAUGAAUAAGAAUAUGAUGUCAGUCGAGAAGUACCUUAGCCUGUUACGGGGUGAAGAACGGAACGUCGUCAACCUAAUGGACCGGGCUUUCUACGAUGAUAUCCUAGAUAUGCCCCGAGCAGUUAUAAAGACGUGGACUGUUUCUUUCGAACAAAUUCGGAAGUGCGAUCGCAUCGCAGCAGAUAUGUUCUCGUUUAUGGCUUGCCUCGAUCCGAAAGCUAUCCCACAAUCGCUUUUACCUGCCCAACAGUCGGAAGUAGACUUCGAACAUGCAAUUGGUACACUUUUAGGGUACGCAUUCAUAACUCGACAAGAGAACGGUUCUAUGUUUGAUAUGCAUAGGUUAGUACAUAUAGCGAUACGAGCAUGGUUGCAGGACCAUGACCUAAAACGGAUAAGAACCGACGCGAUUAUCGAUCUUUCGUCGAUUUUGUUGUUCUAUAACCUAACGGACCAUAAGGUGUGGAGAGAAUAUAUGCCACAUACUUUACGUUUGCUUGAAGAAGGCAAAGAUUACCAAAUAAGGGAGAUAUAUGAAUUAUCUUGCAACGUUGGAAGGUAUCUCUAUGGUGCUAGACGAUUUAGAGAAGCAAGCAAAGUAUUAAGUGAAGCUUUAACGCGGAGAAAAGAACACAACUUUCAAGAAAACACCCUACUAUUCCCAUUAGAGAGCUAUUUGGCAGAUUCAUAUCUUCACAUAAGACGGGAUCAGGACGCGAUUAAGUUAUUGGAACCCGUGGUAGUUGUUGAGGAUGAGAGCCCCGUUCAACUGCAGAUGCAAUUCACGUUAGCAGGAGCAUACGCGAGCUCUGAACAGGCUGAACAGGCUGAGAAGGCGGUCAAGAUACUUAAGCGUUUGUUCGUCAUCUAUGGGAAGUUCCCAGAAGACGACCCCCAUCGAUUAGCAGUAACACAUCAGCUAGCAUUAGCAUUCAGUGUCAAUGGCCAAUUGGAGGAUGCGAUUGAUAUGUUUAAGCAUAUUAUAUCCAUCGGGAGAGAAGUUUGGGGGAAGGAGCACAUCAACCUACUAACAACAGAGCAAGGGCUAGCAGCGGCAUAUUAUAGAAACAGCCAAUUUGAGGAAACGGUCAGCAUAUUUGAGCGCAUUAUACCUAUUAUGAAGAAAAACUUGGCGGAAGACGAUGAUUUUUACCUUACGUCACAAAAUUGGUGUGCCAACGCAUAUCGUAAGACUAAGCGGUUUAAGGAAGCGAUCGAGUUAUAUGAGCAUAUUAGAACCAUUCAAAAGAAGACCUUGGCGGAAGACAACAAACAUUUACUCAUCACGGAACAUAACUUAGCAGUCGCCUACGUGAAUAAUGGACAGCUUGAAGAAGGAAUUAAUUUGCUUAAGCAUGUUGUCAUUAUUAGAAAGGUAACAUUGCCUGAAGAUGACAAAUUUCGACUACAAUCAGAACGAUGCCUGGCAGAUGCAUAUAUCAUUUCCGGCGAGAUUGAGAAUGCAAUCGAGAUGCUUGAGCGCGUUGUUGCGAUAUUAUCAACCACAGUUAAUGGAGAUGACGAUGAGCUGAUUUACUCACGAGAACUACUCGACAAGGCAUAUGAUGCGCGUUGA